GGACGAAGAAAUUUUUGUCCCAUGGGAUGGGACGACUCUCAAAAAAUUUCCGUCCCAUCCCAUCCCAUGAGCUUUUAUUUAAAAAGUUGCAUCCCAUGGGACGUAUGGGAUGGGAUGGGAUUGUCCCAUCCCACGCGGAGCUCUGGUGUGUAUGUAGUAAGUGUAGCUCAGAAACAAAUGUAUGAUACGACACCAAUCCGUUACACCAGACCACAGAUCAAGUGAUAAAAUACAGAACAUAUAUACAGCUGAUUGAGAGCGACAGACGCAAAAGAGUGAUUUUUUAAUUUUUCUCUAGCUUCGAACAGAACGAAAGAAUUCUCGGGAUUCAGGAGGUUAAUAAACAAGAUAAAAUUAUCUAUGAUGAAAAAUUCGAUCUAGCUAAUAUUGAUGAAGAUAUUUAAAUAAAGAGAACUAUUUUUUUUGUUUAUUAUUUUAGAUGAAAAUCGGUGACCAUAUAUUAGCUGAUGGAAAACAUCCAGCAACAAUAUGUUAUUUUGGUUUAGUUGAUAAUCAUCCAGGUGAAUGGAUUGGUAUUGAAUGGUAG